AAAUUUGAACGAAAUAUAAUAAACAUCUGUCUCAACGGCACCUUAGAAACGGAUGUUAUUUUCCCUGAAUUGAUUAAAGCGAAUUUCAAAAAUUGUUCGCUCAGAGUGGGCAUGGCUACAAUGUUUCCGUUUUCGAAGAUUCCAAAUGAGCAUAAAUUAAAAAAUUACGACUUGAUACCCGAAAUUGAGGGCUCUGACGUGGAAAUUAUUAAAAUAAUCGCUAACUACUUCAACGUGUCGAUAAUUUGGCAUUAUUUACGCAGAGACCCGCAGAAUCCGUACACUAAUACUGAGUUUACAGAAUUUAUUUUGAAUGGGAGCGUGGACGUGUCCGCUGGUGGGCUAUACAGGAUCUAUGGCGAUCGCGUGUCGUACUCUGGAAUCUAUACAAUGCAAGCUGUGAUUUGGAUCUAUGCCGCCCAUAGGCCUGGCCGUUCGUGGGUCAAUUUGCUACGCAAAUUGAACGAGAUAUACUUCUUUGAUAUCUUUUAUUUAUUGUACUCAAUUACAUCUUAUUGUUUUCGCAAAUACGACAAUGAGAAAUGCUCUUUUAAAGACAUCACAUUGUACAGCUGGGGUGCACUCGUGGGUGCAUCGUCUUUGCUAGAACCUAAGUCUUUGAAACAUAAGAUGUUAGAUGUAUUCUAUUUGAUACUAUGUAUUUUUGUGUCAUCUUACAUGAACAUUCAAUUGGUUAGUUUCUUAACAAUUGAUGGGCCUUCGGUCUCUUUUAAAACCAAUGAUGACGUUAUGAACUCCGGUCGUAUUCCUUAUUUGCAUCCAAGAAACAAGUAUUUUAUACAGGAGAGUAGAUAUUUGGCCUUUGCUAACACGUCGAAGGAUUGCGGUGAUUUCUUUGAUUGCUGCGACAAGGUACUUGAAAGCGACGGUGUGACCGCAAUAUUAGAUGAAUAUUUUUACCCCGUGCAAGCGUCUACGGCUGUCAAGGAUGAAGCUAAGAUACUGAGAGCUUCGCACAGGAUAAUUACUCUAUAUCAAGAAAUGUUGGUCAAGAAAGACAGUUUGAUUGUGACGGGGUUCCAAAAAGUUCUGCAGAGAUUAUUUGAAGCUGGUAUUUGCGAACAUCUUUUUAGGCAAUCUAUUGGUAUAAGCGUGGUGACGAAGGCUAACAGUGCAAAUCAGGUAGCGCUCAGUAACAGCUAUAGCUGUGAAUCGGGCUGCGCCAUUACUCUUUCGCAAGUUGGGGGAGUAUUUUACUUUUGGGUCUUGGGAUGCGUCGUGUCUGCGAGUGUCUUUUUGUUAGAAUUAACGUGGACAAGGCAAACGCGUUCCGUCUGAA